AAUCUUUUUUUUUUAUACAAUCUCUUACUGUAACCAAAAUUCUUUUAAUUAUCUUAUUAUUACAACACCCACCUUAUGCCAAAGCAAGCACCACCUUCCUUGUAAAUCCAACCAUUUCAUUUUCUUUCUUCUUCUUCUUUUCUCUUUUUUGGCCAUCUUUUCUUGUCCUUUUUCGACCAUUUUCUUCUAUAUACUCAUUCAUGUUUUUCUACCUUCUUCACUUCUCAAAUUAUCUUACUCUAGCUACACCAUAAUAAGUAUAUUGUAACAUUUAUAUAUUGUUAUAACUAAUUGAUUAUCAUAUCAUAUAUAUAAUUAAUUAAUAAACUAGCUAGAUCAUCCCAACCGCCUUUAAAUAUACAAAGUCUCAUAUACCAAAAUCAAAGGCCAUGGAAGACUCCCCUGCUGCUUAUAUCCGCCUGGUGCACCGUUUGAUAGAGGAAUGUAUCUUAUUUAACAUGAGCAAAGAAGAAUGCAUGGAAGCUCUUUCCAAGCAUGCAAAUAUCAAACCAGUUAUCACCUCCACUGUUUGGAAGGAAUUAGAGAAAGAGAAUAAGGAGUUCUUCGAGGCAUAUUUGAACAACAGAGCAGAGAGAGCUUCAGAGACAGAGAUGAGGCAAAGGAUACGAAACAUGGUUUUGGAUUCUUCUAAAUAAAUAAGUUUAGAUGAUUUCAUACGCAAAUUAAUAAGGUUAAUUUAGUUUAGUUGUUGUCAAUUAAAUGAAGUUUGAAGCUCCUAUAGCUGUCUAUGUCUAUGUCUAUGUUUGGUAUUACAGGGUAUGUCAUGAUCAUGAUAAUUCAUCGUAAUUUUUUAAAAACUACAUUUUGUCCUGGCUUUAAUCGGCGUGAUUUUGACAUACUCAUUAUGAUAUCAAACAUACACUAAGUAUAAUAACAUAACAUGAUUAACAACAUCACAAUCAUGUAAUAGUGUGACAAGGACAAAUAAUAUUGGACUAAGGAACAACAUUGUUGUAUCAUUAUAUUAUAUAUGGGACCUAUAUAUGGGCGGCAUAAAUGGCAUCAUUUGAUUUGUUGGAAGAUAUAGAAAGUUGAAGUCAGCACUCUACAGUGAUGGCUAUGUGUGACAUGGCAUACACUAAAUAAUUUUUUGAAAACAUGUGUUAGAGUACUUGAUGUACAUAUAAAUAAAAUGUAUUGUCAAAUUUAUAUAUUGAGUACAACUUGUGCAACUUGUUUUGUUUUGUUU